AUGGCGUCUAGGGUUUUACUGAUGGAUACUGUUCUAGGUCUAAAAGAAGCAGAGAGGUUCUUCGAAACCAUCCCUGAGACAAUGAAGGACUACACAGUCUACACAUCUCUGUUAACUUUGUACACAAGAAACGACGACACUCUAGACAAAGCAGAAGCUGUAUUCGAGAAGAUGAGAGAGCUAGGGUUCCUCUUGAAACCUACCCCGUUCAACCUAAUGCUAUCUCUCUACAGUCCACUGAAACGCCACGAUAAUGUCAACAGUCUCCUGAGCGAGAUGGAAGAUAACAACGUCAAGCCGGAUGAUCUCACAGCGAACCACGCCCUCUUGGUAUACGCAGCUGUGUCCAACAUCAAGGCAAUGGAGAAGUUUCUUAGCAGCAACCAGAGAAUCAAACUGGAGUGGGGAACGUGCAUCGACAUGGCAAAGGCUUACUUGAAGUCAGGCGCAACGGAGAAGUCCUUAGCUAUGCUGCAUAGAACAGAGCUGCUGGUUGAUUGCGCGUCAAGGAAGCCCGCUUACGAGGCGCUGAUGAGUGUGUAUGGAGACGUGGGGGAGAGGGAAGAUGUGUAUAGGAUUUGGGAGCUUCACAAGAACGCGGGUUCGAGUAACGAAGGGUAUAGGGCUGUGAUAAGUGCACUCUCGAGUAUAGGAGACAUGGAAGGUGCUGAAGUGAUAUAUAGGGAGUGGGAGCUUGGUGGUCUUCCGUUUGAUGCUAGCAUCCCUAACACUCUCAUCUCUGGAUAUCAUGCUUUGGGAAUGGAGAGAAGACUAAGAAACUAA